GCGCUUCCUAGUCGGCGCGGGCGGCCGCCCAGGCGAGGUGCGGCCUCCGCUCGGGCCGGGGGCUCGCGCCGGGGCCCCGCCAUGGCCGCGUCCGAGCUCUACACAAAGUUUGCCAGAGUUUGGAUACCUGAUCCUGAGGAAGUUUGGAAGUCAGCAGAGCUGCUCAAAGAUUAUAAACCAGGAGAUAAAGUCCUCCUGCUUCACCUUGAGGAAGGAAAGGAUUUGGAGUAUCGUCUAGAUCCAAAGACCAAGGAACUGCCUCACUUGAGAAACCCUGACAUACUUGUGGGUGAAAAUGACCUCACAGCCCUCAGCUAUCUUCAUGAACCUGCUGUGCUCCACAAUCUCAGAGUCCGCUUUAUUGACUCCAAACUUAUUUAUACAUAUUGUGGUAUAGUCCUAGUAGCUAUAAAUCCUUAUGAACAGCUGCCUAUUUAUGGAGAAGAUAUUAUUAAUGCAUAUAGUGGACAGAAUAUGGGUGAUAUGGAUCCACAUAUCUUUGCGGUAGCUGAAGAAGCGUACAAGCAAAUGGCCAGAGAUGAACGAAAUCAGUCCAUCAUUGUAAGUGGAGAGUCUGGGGCAGGAAAAACAGUCUCAGCUAAGUAUGCCAUGAGAUACUUUGCAACUGUAAGUGGUUCUGCCAGUGAAGCCAAUGUUGAAGAAAAGGUCUUGGCCUCCAACCCCAUCAUGGAGUCCAUUGGAAAUGCUAAGACAACCAGGAAUGAUAAUAGCAGUCGUUUUGGGAAGUAUAUUGAAAUUGGUUUUGAUAAGAGAUAUCGAAUCAUUGGUGCCAAUAUGAGAACUUACCUUUUAGAGAAAUCCAGAGUGGUGUUCCAGGCAGAAGAGGAGAGAAACUAUCAUAUCUUCUAUCAGCUUUGUGCUUCAGCAAAGUUACCUGAAUUUAAAAUGCUGCGAUUAGGAAAUGCAGAUAACUUUCAUUACACGAAGCAGGGUGGCAGUCCCGUGAUUGAAGGAGUUGAUGAUACCAAGGAGAUGGCACAUACCAGGCAGGCGUGCACUUUGCUAGGAAUUAGUGAGUCUUAUCAGAUGGGAAUUUUCCGAAUACUUGCUGGCAUCCUUCACUUAGGCAAUGUUGCAUUUACAUCUCGGGAUUCAGAUAGCUGCACAAUACCUCCCAAGCAUGAACCCCUCAGCAUCUUCUCUGAUCUUAUGGGCGUGGACUAUGAGGAGAUGUGUCACUGGCUCUGCCAUCGGAAACUGGCUACCGCCACAGAGACAUAUAUCAAACCAAUCUCUAAGCUGCAGGCCACGAAUGCCCGUGAUGCUUUAGCCAAGCACAUUUAUGCCAAGCUCUUUAACUGGAUUGUAGAUCAUGUCAAUCAGGCCCUCCAUUCAGCUGUCAAACAGCACUCUUUUAUCGGAGUGCUAGACAUAUACGGAUUUGAAACAUUUGAGAUAAAUAGUUUUGAACAGUUUUGUAUAAAUUAUGCAAAUGAAAAACUACAGCAACAAUUCAAUAUGCAUGUCUUCAAAUUAGAACAAGAAGAAUAUAUGAAAGAACAAAUUCCAUGGACACUCAUAGAUUUUUAUGAUAAUCAGCCUUGCAUUAAUCUUAUAGAAUCUAAACUGGGCAUUUUAGAUUUGCUGGAUGAAGAAUGCAAGAUGCCUAAAGGUACAGAUGACACUUGGGCCCAAAAACUGUACAACACACAUUUGAACAAAUGUGCACUCUUUGAAAAGCCCCGUCUAUCAAACAAAGCUUUCAUCAUCCAACAUUUUGCUGACAAAGUGGAAUACCAGUGUGAAGGCUUUCUGGAAAAGAAUAAAGACACUGUUUUUGAAGAACAAAUUAAAGUUCUGAAAUCAAGCAAGUUUAAGAUGCUACCAGAAUUAUUUCAAGAUGAUGAGAAGGCCAUCAGUCCAACAUCAGCCACCUCAUCAGGGCGCAUGCCCCUUAGCCGCACUCCUGCAAAGCCCACCAAAGGCAGACCAGGCCAGACAGCCAAAGAACACAAGAAAACUGUGGGGCACCAGUUCCGAAACUCCCUUCAUCUGCUUAUGGAGACCCUCAAUGCCACUACCCCUCACUACGUGCGCUGCAUUAAGCCUAAUGACUUCAAGUUCCCUUUCACGUUUGACGAGAAGAGGGCAGUACAGCAGCUGAGAGCCUGCGGUGUCCUGGAGACCAUCCGCAUCAGUGCUGCGGGCUUCCCCUCACGGUGGACUUACCAAGAGUUUUUCAGCCGUUACCGUGUCCUAAUGAAGCAAAAGGAUGUGCUGAGUGACAGAAAGCAAACAUGCAAGAAUGUGUUAGAGAAACUGAUACUGGACAAGGACAAAUACCAGUUUGGUAAGACAAAGAUCUUUUUCCGUGCUGGUCAAGUGGCCUAUCUAGAAAAACUGAGGGCAGAUAAGCUGAGGGCUGCCUGCAUCCGGAUCCAGAAGACCAUCCGAGGGUGGCUGCUGCGGAAGAAGUACCUGCGCAUGCGGAAGGCGGCCAUUACUGUGCAGAGAUAUGUGCGAGGCUACCAGGCCCGAUGCUAUGCUAAGUUCCUGCGCAGAACCAAGGCAGCAACGAUUAUUCAGAAGUACUGGCGCAUGUAUAUAGUCCGCAGGAAAUACAAGAUCAGACGAACGGCCACUAUUGUUCUCCAGUCUUAUUUGCGAGGCUACUUAGCCAGAAAUAGGUAUCGCAAGAUGCUCCGUGAGCACAAAGCAGUUAUCAUUCAGAAGUGGGUCCGGGGCUGGCUGGCUCGCACCGGCUACAAGAGAAGCAUGCAUGCCAUCAUCUACCUGCAGUGCUGCUUCAGGCGGAUGAUGGCCAAGCGCGAGUUGAAGAAGCUCAAGAUUGAAGCUCGCUCUGUUGAGCGCUAUAAGAAGCUCCAUAUCGGCAUGGAGAACAAGAUUAUGCAGCUGCAGCGCAAAGUUGAUGAGCAGAACAAAGACUACAAAUGCCUCAUGGAGAAACUGACUACUCUGGAAGGAAUAUAUAACUCAGAGACUGAGAAACUACGAAGUGACUUAGAGCGUCUUCAACUAAGUGAGGAGGAGGCUAAGGUUGCUACUGGACGGGUCCUCAGUCUGCAGGAAGAAAUCGCCAAACUCCGGAAAGACCUGGAACAAACUCAGUCAGAGAAAAAAUCUAUUGAGGAACGUGCAGAUAAAUACAAACAGGAAACUGAGCAGCUGGUGUCAAAUCUGAAGGAAGAAAACACUUUGCUGAAGCAGGAAAAAGAGGCUCUCAAUCAUCUUAUUGUGGAGCAGGCUAAGGAGAUGACAGAGACUAUGGAGAAAAAGUUAGUGGAAGAAACAAAACAACUGGAACUCGAUCUUAAUGAUGAAAGACUGAGGUAUCAGAACCUUCUGAAUGAGUUUAGUCGCUUAGAAGAACGAUAUGAUGACCUUAAAGAAGAGAUGACUCUGAUGGUGAACGUGCCUAAGCCUGGACACAAGAGAACAGACUCCACCCACAGCAGCAAUGAGUCUGAAUACACCUUUAGCUCUGAAAUUGCAGAAACUGAAGAUAUGCCCUUGAGGACAGAGGAGCCAAGUGAGAAGAAGGUGCCUCUGGACAUGUCAUUGUUCCUCAAGCUCCAGAAGCGGGUCACAGAGCUGGAGCAGGAGAAGCAGGUGAUGCAGGAUGAGCUGGACCGCAAGGAGGAGCAGGUGCUCCGCAGCAAGGCAAAGGAAGAAGAAAGACCACAAAUUAGAGGUGCAGAACUGGAAUAUGAAUCACUCAAGCGUCAAGAGCUAGAAUCAGAAAACAAAAAACUGAAAAAUGAAUUAAAUGAACUUCGCAAGGCCCUUAGUGAGAAAAGUGCCCCAGAGGUGACUGCUCCAGGUGCACCAGCCUACCGUGUCCUCAUGGAGCAGCUGACCUCUGUAAGUGAGGAGCUUGAUGUCCGCAAGGAGGAGGUCCUCAUCUUGAGGUCCCAACUGGUGAGCCAGAAGGAGGCCAUCCAACACAAGGAUGACAAGAAUACAAUGACAGAUUCUACAAUACUUUUGGAAGAUGUACAAAAAAUGAAAGAUAAAGGUGAAAUAGCACAAGCAUACAUUGGUUUGAAAGAAACGAACAGAUCACCUGCUAUGGAUUGCCAUGAGUUGAAUGAGGAUGGAGAGCUGUGGCUGGUUUAUGAAGGGUUAAAACAAGCCAACAGGCUCCUGGAAUCCCAGCUCCAGUCCCAGAAGAGGAGCCACGAGAACGAGGCUGAAGCCCUCCGUGGGGAGAUCCAGAGCCUGAAGGAGGAGAACAACCGGCAGCAGCAGCUGCUGGCGCAGAACCUGCAGCUGCCCCCGGAGGCCCGCAUCGAGGCCAGCCUGCAGCACGAGAUCACCAGGCUGACUAACGAAAACCUGUAUUUUGAGGAAUUAUAUGCAGAUGACCCUAAGAAGUAUCAGUCAUAUCGGAUUUCACUUUACAAACGGAUGAUUGACUUGAUGGAACAACUCGAAAAACAAGAUAAGACAGUUCGGAAACUGAAAAAACAACUGAAAGUAUUUGCCAAGAAAAUUGGUGAACUAGAAGUGGGCCAGAUGGAGAACAUAUCCCCAGGACAGAUCAUUGAUGAACCUAUCCGUCCAGUUAACAUUCCCAGGAAAGAAAAGGAUUUCCAAGGAAUGCUGGAAUACAAGAAGGAAGAUGAGCAAAAGCUUGUCAAGAACCUGAUUCUGGAACUGAAGCCACGUGGUGUGGCAGUCAAUUUGAUUCCAGGGUUACCAGCGUAUAUCCUAUUUAUGUGUGUUCGACAUGCUGACUACCUGAAUGAUGAUCAGAAAGUAAGGUCGUUGCUAACAUCAACAAUUAACAGCAUCAAAAAAGUAUUAAAGAAAAGAGGUGAUGAUUUCGAAACGGUCUCCUUCUGGCUCUCUAACACAUGCCGGUUUUUGCACUGUUUGAAGCAGUACAGUGGAGAAGAGGGCUUCAUGAAACACAACACAUCUCGCCAGAAUGAACACUGUCUCACCAAUUUUGACCUGGCUGAGUACCGGCAGGUGCUAAGUGACUUGGCUAUUCAGAUCUACCAGCAGCUUGUGCGGGUGUUAGAGAACAUCCUUCAGCCAAUGAUCGUGUCUGGCAUGCUGGAGCACGAAACCAUCCAGGGUGUGUCUGGGGUGAAGCCCACAGGGCUGAGAAAGCGAACCUCCAGCAUUGCAGAUGAGGGCACCUACACACUGGACUCUAUCCUUCGGCAGCUCAACUCGUUCCACUCGGUCAUGUGUCAGCAUGGCAUGGACCCUGAACUGAUCAAGCAGGUGGUCAAGCAGAUGUUCUACAUCGUCGGGGCCAUCACCCUGAACAACCUCCUCCUGCGGAAGGACAUGUGCUCCUGGAGUAAAGGCAUGCAGAUCAGGUACAAUGUCAGUCAACUGGAAGAAUGGCUCCGUGACAAGAAUCUGAUGAAUAGCGGGGCUAAAGAAACCCUGGAACCUCUCAUUCAGGCUGCUCAGCUUUUGCAAGUGAAAAAGAAGACAGAUGAUGAUGCAGAAGCCAUUUGUUCCAUGUGCAGUGCUCUAACCACUGCCCAGAUUGUCAAAGUGUUGAAUUUGUAUACUCCAGUUAAUGAGUUUGAAGAAAGAGUCUCUGUAUCAUUUAUUCGUACUAUACAGAUGCGUUUACGAGACAGGAAAGACUCUCCUCAACUGCUCAUGGAUGCUAAACACAUCUUUCCUGUCACCUUUCCUUUUAACCCAUCCUCCCUUGCACUAGAAACCAUCCAGAUCCCAGCCAGCCUGGGCCUGGGAUUCAUAUCACGGGUCUGAAAGUGAUGUGAUAUCAAGGCAAACACUGACAAUAAGAACCCAUUAUUUCCAGUGAGCUACUGAAGAGACAUUUUUAAAGAAAAAGUACUGAUUAUCUUUCAAACAAGAGUUUAUUAACUGGAAAUUUCCCUAAGUACUUUCAUCACCAUGGAAAGAACAAUAGGCUUCUUUGUGCUGUGUUACCUUAAUAGCAACACUCACCCUGGGUCAGUUAGGUUUCCCAAGGUAUGUACAUGCAGGUAAAUGAUGGAAGGAAGGGGGAAAAAUGUCACCAGCUGCCGGCAUUUACUAUAAAUCCUUAGCACUGCAUCUAACUGGUAUGGUAAGAAUGUAAAUGCCAGCUAUGAGCUGUUGUUAGGAAGGCACCAACAAAGAGCCUUCUCUGCGCGGACCAGAAGAAUUGAAAGAAAAAUUGCCAUUGAGUACAUAUCAUAUCAGUUCAGGAAUAAAUUAUGUUGAUACUGUCAAACUGGAUCAAAGAAAUAAACUGGCAAUAUAUAAAGUAAUUGGUCAAGUAACUUCUUAUAUGUGUCACUAUGAUAUAGAGAUAUUAAGAGAAUGUUGGUUUGCCAUAUAGCAUAGAAGUCCAUUUGUACUGUAGUUUACUGAGCAUUUUAAAUUGCUGCUACAUACUGUGUUCUUUAAUAUAUAAGCGAUACUCUUAUUAGGCACUACAACAAUAAGCUUCUCUUUUAUCAACUCUGUUUACAAUUCAAUCAGAUCAGUUUUAACUGGAUUAUGUGCAAAUAUAUACAGAUUCACCUGCAUAAGUAGCAGACACUGGGAAGUCAUGUAGUAAUAUGACAAAAUGUUUGACAUUUAGGGAUAGGAUUAGACAAAGUGGCUAUUGUUGAUGUCAUUAUUUAUUCAGAAUGUAUUACAUUGAUGUGCUCAUUAAUUUUCCCUGGGUGGAUAUCACAUCAGGGUACAGUGUUCUGUAAAUUGACUUAUUUUUAGUUCCCGGAUUGGAUUCCUGCACUGCAUAUUCUCAGCCCUGACAGGUUUUCUUUCUUCUUAAUUUAUUAAGAAUUAAUCUCAGUUACUAUCUAGAGAAGAUUGUCAGCAUAGUCAUGAUUCAGGUCUUAAAACCUUGAUUAUCCUAUAAAUUAUGCAAAAGAAGGUAUAUAACAAAUACUAUGGUUCCAUUUUUUUUUUUUUUUUAGGCUUUGCAACUUCUAUAAAUGUUCUCGGUACCACUAGAUACUUUAAGGAGCAUCAUAUUACGAAUACUUUAAGACUUAUAUAAGAAAUAUAAGAAGAUUGCUAAAUUUUGCAGAGGACUUGUUUCAUUAAGACCCAGAUCCUAUAAGUUUCAUUCUGAAAUCCUAAUUAAACAUAUUCUCAAUUUUUCCUGGAAUUCCUAGAAAGACAGUAAGUCUUGCAAGUUGUACGAGAGCAAAAUCUUAGCUUUCAUUAGAAACUCUGGUUCUGAAUUACACUCAUAGAUUUAUGUAAACUUAACUGCUAGAUCGUCUAUGAAAAAUGACAUCUUAUUAAAACGUGCAAUAUUAAUGGAAGUCAAACAGUUUCAAAUCAUGAUAAAGAUUGUUUUUAAAGGACAAACACUGUCUGUUAACUUAUUUGGACCUCACAUUCCGCACUUAUACAAUAAGAGGGUUGGACCCUUACACAUCUAAAAUUCUCUCCUCUUGCCACUUGAACCAUAGAGAAACUAGAUGCAGUUACUCAGUGAGUUCACCCUCGAAUGGAAAGAGCAGUGUUUGCUGCCUCUUAAUUCUGGGAGAUUAAUAAAAUGUAAAAUCACAAGUUGAUGUAACCAUAACCUUUCUUAAAUGUACAUGAUUUACAUACAUCCUUUUAGACAGUAAAUUCAUUUGAGUAAUUUUUAUUGCGUCAUGUACUACCGUAUUCAGUUUGGAUACAUUUAUUUAUUUGCAAAAUCCACCAAAAAUACUAGAGAUUCAAUCAGGCUCUCUUAGUUUUCCCCAGUUGUCAAUGUGGUUUUCAAUGAGCAAUGAACUCUUAAAACCAUUUGGUUAGUACUGAAUGUGCCAGAGUACUGACUUGUUGCAUAAGGGAGAUGCUAAAAAGAUGCCACCCUGCUGUAGACUUUCCACCUCAGACCUGGAAAUCCUCCCCCCAGGCCCUCCCAUAGUUUAGUCCCUGUGCAACAUGUCCUGUGCACACAAUCCUGCCAUGUCUUCAAGAGCACACUGUAGCUCUUACUGCCAUUGCAGCCCUUUAUAUUACCCCUGACAGCUUGUAUCCUGAAAUGUCUCUUUCUUGUCUCCUGUCUUUCUGCUGGAAAGUGCUGGGGCCUCCUCCUUUCCACACCUGGGCCAGAAUCUCUCCUGGUCAGUGAUGGUCACACAAAGAUUCUACUAUUCCAGGCUCCAGUUUCCUCUGAGGGCUAGCCAGGACCCCAGAUGGGUAUCUGAACUAAUUUCUCCUAGCAGCCUAAAGAUCUUUAGUCCUAACAAGAAUACCUUACAACCAGGGAAACCCAAGUCCUGGUAAAAGACUCUCUGCUACUUUCUUGAGGAUACAACAGUAAUCUGCAGAUUAGGGUUUCUUUUAGCCCCUCUGAGGACAGCUCACCCUCUCUCCCAACUACACUUUCUCACCCAGCUUCAAACCUACCUUCCCCAGCCGCCUACUCACCCACUCUGGCUGUGGAAGGCAGUGGAUGGAGUCAGUCCUCGGUUGCCACCCUGGCCUACCUUCAGGCCAAUGUUUGUUGUUCUCACUCAGCAGUACAUUCUUUAACAUUGUCACUAAUUUGUUUUUUCAUAAUUCCCCUGGGACACAUAGUAGCAUUUCAAAGAAAGAUCUUGAAAGAACCUGGUUCUGUCUUAAUAGCUCCUUCUCAACAGUCUCCCCACACACCUUACAUAUGUACUUAGCUCAUGUCUUGGAACGCAAGGCUGAAAAACUAGGAGCAAUUUUCCUUGUAGCUUUUCUUAGGUUAAGGCUUUGGUCUCCCUGACCUGAGAGUAACUAUAAAGCGGAAGGUAAGAUCCACAAAGAGAUUCCUUUGGAAGUUUUGGAAAAUCUCCACGUACCGAGACUUCUUUUGUCAAGUGCAAAAGUACAAAAAGAUAUAUUCCAAAGCCUACCAAAGGAAAUUUGGGGAUUCUGGUCAGUUUGUAUGGUUUGCUUUAUUUCCUUUGUUUCAGUGGAUUAUUGAGAAUUGGCUCUUUCUGAGUGAGUCAUUAUGGGUUAUAUAGAUCAGAUCUUUUAACGUGUGGGAGGCUAUGAAAAUAUUGGAAUUUCAAUGUAGUGAUUUAAGAAAUUACUCCUCUGGUAAUCCUAGGUAAAGGGGCACCAGUCCUAUCCUGAGAAAUCCUCACACGAUAUUCAUAUGCCUGCCUGCCUGCCUGCCUUCUUUAUUUUUCUCUUUUUCCUUCUCUCUCCCCCUCCCUCCCUUCCUCCCUCCCUCUCUGUCUCUGUCACACAUACACACAGAGUCACCAGAAUGUAGAGUUCCCCAGGAGGCAUAAACAAGGAUCCUCUGGGUAACUUCAAUUGUUGAGGACAAAACAGAAAGCAAAAAUUAGUGUGUGACCUUUCAAUUCUCCUGCUGAAAGUAGUACAGAACAGGACCUUGCACCUGGCGAUGCUUUUCUUAGGCUCACUUCCUCUGUUACCUCAUUGUAUCCUCACAACAGCACUGGAAGGUAGGAAGGGUAGCUACUACAGUCACUUGCUGAUGAUAACUUAAGAGGUCUGCGACUUGCUGAGGUCACGCAACCUUCCGCGAUGCCACUUCCCUGCAUGCAGCAGUGGCAAUGUGGCAGGUGGGGGCAGGAGACUGAAGUCUCCAGGUGACAUUCUGUUUCUCCUGGUACCUGUGGGGUGCCCUGGGUCAGCAAGAGGUGUUUUUUUCCUUCUUCUUUUUCUUAUCGGAACUGGCAACUGGCAUAUGGGAACCGAGCAAGUGCCAAGUUCCAGGUUCUUUGUGCUAACGAGAUGAAGUGCCCAGAGCCUGGUGGCUCUCUUCUUGUCAGUUACCUGCUAUAACUGGUUUGAUUUUUAUAAUGAGUCAGAGCUCCCUCGGAGGGUACAGUGCUCUGUGCUUAGGUCUUUAAUUAGUAGCAGGCUGUCUCAACCUGACUGGAAGCAGUGAAAGCCUCCCACAAGUUAAGAGGUAGGUCACUCUCAACACACACCCAGAGCCACCACUAGAGCCACCAGGUGAGCUGUGCAUCCUGCAGCCAAGCCCCCUCCCCCCACCCCCACCCCCGGGUACCUUCUGAGGCCUGUCCCUGGGCAAGCCAUAUACAAGUCAGUGUGUUUGAACAUUACAGUGUGUGCAUGCUGCCAGUGUUUACUUCGGAGCUAGGAGGUGUGCUAUGUGCAUGCAUGUUAGAGAGGCUCUGUGUAUUGCUGUGGCCUCUGUUCAUGGAUAAGUGCAUUGUGAUUCCUUCUCAGGCUGUGCUGUGAGGACCGCCUUAACCCCUGCUCCCUUCCCUCUGAGAGCUGCCUUAAGUUCUCUGGAACUUUUCCUCUGUAAGGGACUGACUUACCUGGAGAGGAUAAUCUUGCUGUGUUUCUCAAGGUUUUGUGAGGGUUUUGGUUGGGUGUGGCCUCCAACCACUAUUCCCUUCUUCCCUUCCUGCAUGACUCUCUCCUUCUGUGACUUUGCCUUCCUUUCUUUUCUGUUAUUUCCAAACAGGUAAUAGAACUCAGGCAGCACCAGUCUCAGAGCCAGUGAAUGCGCGCUGAGAGACUGUUCCUGAAUUUGGGGGGCUUUGUGUCACAAGUAAGCAAAUGAACAUAUAGAAGAAAGAGAUAAGUUAGCUUCUUAGUAAUGCUUAAAUGGCUUGUUUUCUCUGAUCUUUUUCUUAAUACAGGUAAAGGGUACAACUGUAAAACCUUCCAUAGACAUGCUUUAGAAUGUUUUUUAGGAACCCUGUACUGUACUAUAUAUAAAAGUUUGAAUGAAAACUGGGAAGAGUUCUGUAAGUUCUAAUCCAUUGUAUUACCCUAAAUUAAAUCAACCUGGAGUUAUAUUCAGCAGAUUUCUCAAUAGAUCAGGAACUGAAAGGUACUCUGUAAAAUAGCUGUCAAAUGCAUUUUAUAUGUUUUUUAAUUUUAUAAUUUGGUCUAGCGAAAAUGUUCGUUAGCUUAACUGAAUGAAUGUCUUUAGCUUCCUAAAAUGACUGAAAAUGACUAAUGUUUCCUUAGUAUUGUGAUACAGCUUGAAAUAUUUGAAAGAAAAAUGUUUUUCAAGUGGAAACUGGUAUGUAUAAUUAAAUGCUUGGUAGGUCAGUACAUUUUCAUGCAUUUUUCAGCUAACAGUUUCAAAUAUCUUAUUGUUACCAUAUGUUAGAAAAGUUUAGCCUACAUUUCAGGCUCUCUAAAUCACUUGAGUCAUUUAAUAUUUUCCAACAAAUGGUGAAUUUUUCUCUUAAAUGUGGGAUAUGUGUGUUGUAAUUUAUGAUUCCUAGUUAUGUAUUUUUGUGGACUCCUGGAGUAAUGUUCACUUUUUUGUGUCCUUGGAAAAUUUAAAUUGCUCUAACAAUGUUACACAGAAAUGAGCUCAUGACAUUUAACAUACUGUAUUUUAAUUGUUAACUUUAAUUAUUAAGUUACUGUGAAACAGAUAUGCCAUUUAACUACAGUGAAACUGAAAAUUGCAGGUUUUCAAAUAUUUUUCCUUGUUGGAUCUGGAAAAGGAAUUCUAUUUUGUUCUACACAGAAAAACAUGAUACAGUUAAUCUUUGAAAAGUUCUUAGGUAACAUAUUCAUCCAUUAGAAAAGAAGCAGAAAUACUGAGAAGUGAAAGAUAUUAUCAGUCAACUCUGGUUUUAAACUGAAACCAUCCCAGCAUAUCUCACAUGGAAUUUUAAAAAAUAAGUUAAUAAUUCAGCUCCUGUCAACAAGAGCCUUUGAAACAUGCAUUUUCACUAGUUGUUAUCUAGUGCUAGGAUGAAAACCAAAACAAUAUCAGAUCGACAUUUACGCUCUAAAUUUGUAGCUGUCUAAUGUUGUCCUUAGUAAAUGUGUGUCAUUAAUGCUGUAUUCUCCUAGCUAUUAUAGAAAAUUGUUCAAAUAAAGAUAUGGAAAUAAAG